AUGGAGAAGCAGAAUCGAGAUGCCCGAUCUGCCGGCGCCGCCGCCAAGGAGGCCGUUGUUACUGAGGCCCGAGAUCCGGGCGUGUCCAUGGUUGGCGAUGUUGUCGAUUCUGAGCGCGACAUGAGCCUACGGGAUGCCUUCCGGCUGUGGCCCAAGGCAAUCCUGUUUGCUUUCAUCAUCUCGCUCACAAUCAUUAUGGAGGGUUACGACACGGCACUCAUGUCCAACUUCUUUGCCUACCCGUCAUUUGUUGCCCGCUAUGGUGACGAAGUAGACGAUAAAGGCAACCCGCUUGUCUCGGCACGCUGGCAGACAAUCGUCAUCAACGGCGCAUACGUCGGCUCCAUUAUCGGCGUCUUCCUCAACGGCUUCAUCACAGACUGGCUCGGCUACCGCAAGACGAUGAUUGUGACUAUGCUCUUCAUGAUUGGCGCCAACUUUAUCCCCUUCUUUUCCACCAGCCUGCCCAUGUUCCUGGCAGGCGAGCUGAUCCAAGGCCUCCCCUGGGGUAUCUUUUCCACACUCGGCGUCUCCUACGCUGCUGAUAUCUGCCCUAUUCAGCUUAGAGGAUACAUGACGUCUUGGGUCAACAUUUGUUGGGUCAUUGGCCAGCUGAUCGCAGUUGGCAUCCUCAACGCAUUCAUUAAACACCCAGGCGAGUGGUCCUACAGGAUUCCCUUUGCCGUGCAGUGGGUAUGGCCAGUUCCCAUUAUCAUCGUAAGCCUGUUCGCACCAGAGAGCCCAUGGUGGCUGAUGCGACGCAGGCAGCACGCCGAAGCGCGCGUUGCUGUUGCGAAGCUGCUCACCCCGCGCUCCGACAUUGACUUCGACUUGGACAAUCACAUGGAAAUCAUGCGGUUAACCAUGCGGUUUGAGCAAAAGGCCACAUCGGGGCCCACCAGUAGUUAUCUAGACUGCUUCCGCGGGGCCAACUUGCGGAGGACGGAAAUCUCCUCGAUGGCCUGGCUGACGCCUGCGUUUUGCGGGGCCCCUUUCAUGGGCUACGGUAUUCAGUAUAUGAUUCAGGCUGGGCUGAAUCCUAGCGACAGCUUCUCCCUCAGCUUGGGCCAGACAGGCAUCUCCCUGGCGGGCUGCCUGAUUGCGUGGUGGAUUAUGACGGUAGCAGGACGCCGUACCAUGUACCUCGCCGGCCUUUCUACCAUGACGCUGAUCCUCGUGACGAUUGGCUUUCUAGGGAUUGCUCCUGCCACUAAUCACGCGGCGUCUUGGGCUGUGGGUGGGCUGAUUUUACUCAUUGUGUUUGUUUUCCAGCUGACGGUCGGCCCAUCUUGCUACACCGUUGUAGCCGAAGCCCCCUCUGCCCAGCUUCGCAUCAAAACGGUUGCUGUAGCGCGUGUCGCGUAUAGUGCCGGCGGCUUCGUCAUCAGUGCAUUGAUGCCGCAAAUGAUUGGCCAUAAUGCGUGGAACUGGGGAGCCAAAGGUGGCUUCUUCUGGGCAGGCGUCUCGUUCCUGUUCCUGGUGUGGACUUGGUUCCGCUUGCCGGAGACCAAGGGCCUAACCACAUCGGACAUCAACCUUCUCUUCGAGCACAAGGUACCGACGCGCGGCUUCACUCGUGAAGCAGCAGACUACCUGCGGCCAAAGCUGCAGGAUGAUGCGUCUUCCACUGAAACUGUGGACCUGACAUCCAGACUGGCAAGCGUGUAA